ACCCGAAAUGGAUUCGCGUUUGGGUGCCAGUCGCCAUUUGUUUUUUUGUUUUUUGUUUUUGCAUCUAGAUCCCGCAGAGUUGGGACACCACGACUCCAACUGGAAGCUUCUCUCGGCUGCACCAGAAAACCCCCCCUUUGCAGCUCCCUCACCAGGUCUCCCCGGCGUCCGUGUUUUGCAUCGCUCCUCAAUUUGCAUUUCUUCCUCGGAUUCUCCGCGCGACGCGUUCAGCCGGCGGUGCGCGGCUCCAUUGUCCGUGCGCGUCCAUUUCCAAAAAGCCCUACGCGCACAAAAGAAAAAGGAAGGGGGGGAAGAAGAAGAAAAACAACAACAACGCUCCGGGAAUUUUGAAUAAUGAUAGCGGAGAUCCAUGCGUGAGAACAUUGAGCACCUUUCGAUUUACAGUUAUCACUGUUGCGUACCUACGGAGACGGACACGUGUCUUCGGGGUAAACAGAACGGGCUCGAUCGUGUCAGUAGAUUUGGCUUUGUUUUUCUUCCUCGCUUUGGUUGGUCACAGACGACCAGCUUCAAGCUUGGCGACCAGCUGUACAUUUCAGUUUGUGCGCCCCGGUGAUAAAGACGCGUUUGGAGAUGUCGGAAGUGCUGCCUUUCAACGAGGAAAAAAUGAGUCAUUAUGGAAAUGAGGGCGACGAGGGACACCUUUCCUUCACCUGUCGUCUUCAAGACACCAACAACUUCUUCAAUGGAUCGCAGAACAAACGUCCGCCGAAACUCGGACAAAUAGGCAGGAGCAAACGGGUUAUUGAGGAUGAGAAUGGCGACAACGAAGCACAAAAAGAUGGAACAGAGAAGACCCCGGCAGAGGCUUAGAGCGCUCGGCUCAACGACCCCCAAAAGACACUCUUGAAAUUUUGUAUGGCGAUGCUGAGCAGUUUUAAUCCAAAGACACUGUAUAUAAGCACUUUCUCUCAUGUGGCAGCAAGCAGCACUUCCACGCCCUGCUCGCCCCGUCGGUCAUGGCCGCCCAGGUGAGGAGGACGGGCAAAGGUGGGAGAUGGCAUCAAAGGAGACCCCCAGGUGGACCCCCCUCUCCCUCUGUCACACACACACACACACACACACAUACAAACAAACACCCUCGAUCGCAGGGUUUCGCCAUAAAUCCAACAGCGGUAGAAGACAACAGAGGGUGGGGGUGAGGAGGGGUUGAGGUGGAAGAAGGAUACCACGCUGUCAAAAUGUGGAAAUCAGGGACAGGAUACAGAAAUAAAUAUAAUAUUAAACUAAAGCACACACUUCUCCUAUAUCGUAUCAAUCAAACCUAUGAUAUCAUUUCUGCUCUUCAUUUUGAUCCGGGACAACUUGUAAAUAUGGAAAGGGUAAGCCCAUAUUUUCUUGCACAAAGUGGAAAACUGGUUUGUUCUGUGUUGGAAGACUUUAUUUAUUGAUCCUUUGGAAUACGUCUUUUGCAGAGACUUGAGGCCAGAGGGGGUGUUCUUUUGUAUGUUGAUAAAACUUGAAAUGAAUGGGAGUGAUUUUUUUCUUUCCUUUUUUUCUUCACAUAACAAUUCUUGAUGUUGCCUGAGUGUUUUUUGUUACGUAUACUUUGCAGCUAAUGAGUCAUUUAUAUACAGUGUACCUCCCACCUGUUUGUAAGCUUCCCAGGUUUUCACCUGGAUUGGUUAAUUAUGUAACUUGACUGUACACACCCUAUUGAUGAACUAUUUAUAUUGCAUUGUGCAUUAUUGUGCCAAAUCUCAUGAGGAAUAAUACUGUACGAGAAAACUUUUUUUUUGUGCUUUUUACAUAAACUCGUGCAAUUCAGUUGUUUUGUUGGGUUGCCAUUUUUAGGGCCCUUUCUUAAAACCCUGAGAUACCAACUCAUGCAUGGCAAAUAUAAAAUCAUGCAUGCACGGCAGAAGCUCAGAAACUCUUGUGUAUUCUUGAAGCACCUCGUAUACAGCUUUGAAUGACAAACCUCGAGAAACAACAGUCUUAAUUCUGCGUAGUACUGUCCCAUUCUCACUGAUUUGUACAGUGGCCUAAUAUCUUGUAAUAAAGAUCAUGAUAAAGUACUAUUUACUGUUUAGUGUUGAUUGUGGUUUAAGGAAUUAUCUACUUGAUGUUGCUUUUUGUUUUUUAAAACAAUUGUUUUAAAACUGUAGCAAAAACACAUAUAUAGUUUUGUAUGAGAGAUGAAGACACACAUCCGCACUAGCUUGGCUGGUGUUUGGACAUGUUACUUGUACAGAUUCCCCUGUUAUUUGAUUGCCUAUCUGGCUGUCAAGGAAGGUCAAGUCAGCUUUUUCCACUGUGAGAAAGUAGCAUCCCAUGCUUUGGGUAGGUCAGAUAUGUCAGGACACAGAAAAUGGGGGAAAAAAAUGAAGUAAUUCCAUUAAGAAUUUGAAAUCCACACUCUUCAUUUUGUUUAAGUGUUGAGACACUCCGCUUUGAACAACUGUGCAACUGACCGCGAUAUCAGAAAAUACAAGUAUUGCAAAUUAUUCUGUGGGGAAAAAAUGUACUUCACUGCUUCCCAAUGCAAUAAAUGGUUGUUUGCAUCUAAAAUCUCA